GUUUCUUGUUCCUUUCUUUAGCUUUUAUAUACAUCAACAGUGGUAGCGCAUCGUUUUAUAUACCUUUUGACAGCCCAUUGAGCAAAGAAAAAGAAAUAAAAACGAUCUCGCGCACUCUACUCAAUUUUGUCACCUAUGAGAUAUUAUUUAUGCAUACUAUUCGUUGCUGUGUUACCUUUAUUGACAUUAGGACAUAGUAUCGACAAUAGACAACUAAAGCGAAUAGAACCCUUAACACAUGUCAAAAUUGAUAUUGCACCACGAACGCAUGCCUAUUUCGAAAAAAGACACCAGUCACCCAAUACCCAUCCUACCCUCUCGACUGCGUUGAAGCACAUCGACUAUGAUGAUAUACUGCGGUUAUCGUUUACUGCUUACAAUCAGACCUUUUAUCUGCAUCUCGAGCCCAAUUUAGACCUCUUUCAUCCCGAAGCAGUAACCCAUCAUCAAGAACUCGGCAUCAGUACACAUUUACAUCCUUCUCGAUGGUUGACACAAGGGACAAAAAGCGCUCAAAACAAUAAGAUUCUUGUCUACAAAGGGCAUGUUAUCCACCCUGCACAUACAGAAAACACUUGGUACAAAGAUGCGCUGGGCGUACUCAACUCUGAAUUUUAUCCUUAUCCACACUCUUCAUCAUCAUUAUUGCCAUCCUUCAGUUACCAACAGCCUCAAUUAGGCUGGGCCCGCAUUAUUAUACGUCAUGAUUUAAUGUCUAGGCAUAAAACGGAACAGACGAUUGUAGAAGGUGCAUUCAAAGUAGACAAUGAGCUGUAUCAUAUAAAGUCAACGUCGAAUUACCGACUUGUAAAAAGAGCCGAUGACGUGGGUUUAGCGGAUGAUCAUCACUCUCAUAUGGUUAUUUAUCGAGAAUCCGAUACAGAAUCAGCUCGCUCGACAAGUUAUUCGAAGCUAGAAAGUAAGAGAGGAAUGGAGCUUCAGAAAGAAGACGAAGAGCAUCAAUGUGGAUUCAAUAAUCUGUUACAGAAAGCCACGAUCAAGGACCAUCUCAAAUUGUUUAAUAAGCGUGAGGAAAUGGGCUUCACAAAGACUGAAUCCGGAUGUCCCAAGAGGCGAAAAAUUAAUUAUAUGGGUGCAGCUGCCGAUUGUACAUAUGUAAAGUACUACCAAUCAGUCGAUAAUGCGAAACUACAAAUCAUCAAUGACUUUAAUACAGCGUCAGCCUUAUUUGAAGAAACAUUCAAUAUUUCUUUGGGAUUGAUGAAUAUCACCCUUAUGAACUCCAAUUGUCCAUCUGAAGUAGAUAGUAGCGUUCCUUGGAACCGUGCUUGUCAAGCCAAUUACUCUAUUGGUGACAGAUUGAGUGACUUUAGUUUAUGGCGAUCCAACAGGAGUAAUGAUGGAGCAGGUCUCUGGCAUUUAAUGACCAAGUGCGCUACGGGUGUUGAAGUUGGACUUGCUUGGUUAAAUCAAUUAUGCAAUACAGGGCUUUCAACCGAAGUGUCAUCUGAAGGCAAGACAUUGUACGUCUCUGGGGCAGGCGUUUCUUCCAUCACUCGUGAUGAAUGGAAAAUUGUAGCACAUGAAAUUGCUCAUGGAUUCGGUGCUAUACAUGAUUGCUCAGCUUCAGAUUGUCCUUGUGAAGACGACAACAAUUGUCAGUGCUGUCAGAGCAGUGUUGACCAAUGUGAUUCCAGUGGUUAUAUUAUGAGUUCGAUUACCAACAGCACAGCCAACACAUUUAGCCCUUGCUCUAUCAACACUAUCUGUAAUGCUUUCCCUAGCAUAGGGACUUGCUUGACUGACCCUGGACAAUUUGAUCGAUACCUUUACCAAACCAACGUGUGUGGCAAUGGAAUCAAAGAAGAAGGUGAAGAAUGCGAUACUGGAGGUGUGGAUACCAGUUGCUGUGAUGCUAAAACUUGUAAAUUAAAGAAAAACGCUGUUUGCGAAGACACAAAUGAUGGGUGUUGCCACAAUUGUCAAGUAAAACCAAAGAAUACCAUCUGUAGGCCCUCUUCAACGGCAUGCGAUGUUGCUGAAUAUUGUGAUGGCAUUUCACCCACCUGUCCUAAAGAUGAAUUUGUUCACGAUGGCAUGUCCUGUGGGGACGGCCUUACUUGUGCUUCCGGACAGUGUACUUCGCGUGAUGAACAGUGUCUUGCCCGUGGUUCUGUCAUGAAUAUCACUACUUCUUGUUUAUCCAAUAACGAAGAAUGUAAACUUUUAUGUAAUGCACCCCAUGGUGAAAAAUGUCUGAUUUUCUCUGGCAAUUUCAUUGACGGGACGCCUUGCGGCUAUGGUGGACGCUGCUUUGAUGGCGUGUGCGAAAAUGGUGACCUUGUGGGUAGUUCGCUCCUUUAUUUACAAGAGCAUGUUCAGGUGUUGGCCGGUAUGAUUCUCGCCAUUCUACUUGUUAUGCUCGGUCUUUGUCUUGCUGUCGUUUGGUUUGGAUGUUGGCGUGUGCCUGGUUACAGAGAAAGAAGAAAGCGACGACAAGAAUACAACAGCGGUAUGGACGAUGGUGCUGUACCGUAUUACACAGAUAAGAAUCUCAGUGUAAGCGUACUAUCCACCUAUGGAGAUUAUGCAUUACCCGAGCAUGAACUUGUCAUUCUCCAUGACGGCGACAGCAGCAACAGGCCAAGAGAAAAGUUUGCCCGUCCUACAGCUGAUGAUUACGUUUCUUCUGUCACGACGUAUCAUGAUAGGUUCUCUAUGGAUGAAGCAAGAUUGAAUGAUCAAUCGAGUGAUACCUCUUCCACUAGCCCGAACUCGACUGUUUUCUCAACCUCUAGCUCAACCACGCUUAUCAGUGAUGAUCAUCAUCCUUCUGAUGGCAACAACCAAGUUAAAUCUGAAAAGAGCGAGUAAAACUCUAUUGCUUUCUCUCUAUCCACCACCAUUUGUAAAUACCAUUUUAUUCCAGAUAUUUCUUGUAAAAAAACUGUAUA